AAAUGAGCAAUAUUUACAUUACUUUUUAUAAAUUUUCUAUCGAAUUUCUUUCUGGACCGGAAAACAGAUGUAUCAUUUUAUGUUUCUCGUCGAAUGUUAAAAAGGAUAAAAUACUCGAAUAUAUACUCGGGUGUUAUUUUUGACGUAUCCCUCUAAUUCGCAAUCUACUGCACGUUCUCUACUGGUUCGUCAGAUAAGCACUUCGUGUCAAACGUGUUCACGAUGCUCGCGACGAUCUUUUAGGUUAUAUUUAUUUGUACGGUGGAGUUUAAAGCGAUUGCACUUCGGUGCAAUUAUUUCCAAGGUCAUUAACGAUCGAACUUGUACUUGUUUAGAAAUGCGGAAAGGAAAAUAACAGAAUGGAAAUAGGAAAAUUGUGAUUUUCGUAAAUUUUAUUGUGAUUCAUAAAAUUUUAUGCUCUUGCGUCUUCUGUGAAAUCUCGAGAAUCUCACAUUUUUUUCCUGCGAUAUUAUGAUCACAGGAGUCGUUGCAGUCUGCUAGCAGUUUGAAAUCGAAUUCGUUCUAAAAAAGGAUUAAUGAUGUCGGGGGUAUUCGAGCAAAUUAAAUUGCUGUACGAUCAGGCAUUGUACAGCAAUAUGAUCUCUUUGACGAAUUUGGUGCUCUCUCUCAGCGAGCACCAGACCGACCUGCUCCCUGGCUACAGCAAGUUUCACGUAUACAUCUAUUAUGCAGAUGCUCACUUUCACUUAGGCAAGUAUCGCAGGGCGGAGACCCUCUACAAGAAGGCUCUGCAGUUUCGCAAGUGCCUAUUAAAGUCCAAGGGUACAGGAAAGCCCUUGCUGGAUGGGCAGAAGGAUCUGCCAUCAGAUGUCAACAUCAAGUAUCAGAUUCACUUAUGUCUGGUGAAGUCUAAGAAUUCACAGGAAGCGCUGCAAGUAUUGCAAAGCAUUCCUGGCAAACAGCGCACUGCCAAGGUGAACAUGGCGCUGGCUAAAAUGUUUCACGAGCGGGGAAUGGAACGAUCGGCUAUCACCACGUACAAGGAAGUCUUGAAAGAAUGCCCGUUGGCAUUAGAGGCAGCCGAAGGACUCCUGUCUUUAGGAGUGAAGGGCGUGGAAGUCAACUCUUUGAUCGUCAGUUCCAUCUCGAGUUCGAUGAACUUGGAGUGGCUCAAUACAUGGAUCAAGGCCCACGCUCAUAUUCAUAAUAGAGAAUAUACUCAUGCUGUGACCACGCUCAGAUCAUUGGACAAUGUCGUUUUGCUCAGAGAUAAUUUCAAUCUAUUGACCAUUAUGGGAGAGUGUUACUAUUACGCUGGCGAUGACAAGAAUGCUUUGCUAUGCCUGAGGCGAGCUCGAGUGAUCGAACCAGAUAUAACGAAAGGGGUGGACAUAUAUGCUGCAGUUUUAUACAAGACGCAUCACAUCAAAGAAUUGGAGCGGCUCAUACCAGCGAUAACCGCCAACAACGAAUGUACUGGUGAAAUUUAUGUAGCCAUGGCAUAUUCUCUGUACGCCGCUAGAAAAUUCAGCAGGGCGAAUACUCUCACUGCUCAAGCGUUGACUCUGAAUCCUAACGACAUAGAAGCCACUAUACUACGCGGCAAUAUCCUUAUUGAGCAAAAAAAAUAUCAAGACGCGUUGUUUUUCUUUAGACAUGCCGUACAAUUGAAACCAUACAGAUACGAACCUCAUAAAGGCUUGGUAGAUUGUCUCGUCGGGAUGCACAGAUUGCGAGAGGCUCUGAAUAUCGCUAGUGGCUCUUGCAAACAGCUUGGACACACCGCAAGAGUUCUAACAUUGUAUGCGUCCGUUUUGAUGAAAGAUCCCGUGUCAGUGGGUAAAGCAAAGAACCUUCUUGAAAAAGCACUGUCUCAAGAUGAAGUCUAUUUAUCUGCAGUGUAUUUACUGGCGGAAAUAUACGAACAAGAAAUGAAUUUAGUAGCAGCCAUUGAACUGCUCGAGAGACAGGUGGAGAUUCAUUCUACCUGCAAGCUUCAUCAGAAUUUGGGAGAUUUAUGGGCAAGAAUGCACAAUGAGGAGAAAGCUUUAGAUCAUUAUGCUAUAGCUUUAAAUUUGGAUCCAAAUAACAGGAGAGCUUUAGAGGGAAUGCAUAGACUGGACAACUCUUCCAGCAAAUUGGAUUCCGCUUAUUAUAUGACCGUUGGCGAAGAACAGGCUGAUACAACCUAUGAUGUCGGUGACGGUCUACCGGAUACAGAUAAUGAUGAAGCACCUGAGGAGAGUGAGACUGAAGCCAUUUGGUCGGAUAUGGACUUGGAAGCCAACAGCCAGUAGUCAUUUUUGUAGAAACUAAUCAGUGGAAAUCAAUCGGUCUUUCAACUUCUAGGUCGAUUAUAAUAACUUCUUGAAGAAGAAUCUUGGGAGAAUAAUUCGAUAAUACGAAUAAAAUGAGACUGAGACUUUUCGUGAUUAGUAUUAUUUGAGAGUAAUACAUCGUAGCGAAUUUAUUUCUCUUUAUAAUAAUUCAAUGAUUGUACCGUCAUGGAGCUCUGUUAUCUACUUUUAAAAAUAUGAGGUAAAUGUUAAAUUUUUAUUAAUUUUCUUAUUACCAAAAUAUAAUAACAAGAAACUUUCAUCGUCAAACUUAAGUACAGAAGGAUAAAAACACAAACCAACAUGUAUCUGUCGUUUACUAUAUCAGUACGCGGCGGUCAUAACUUAGAUCUAGAAAACCAGAUUGUAAACUAUUCGAUAAUAAAAUAUAUAUAUAUAGAUUAUAUAGGAAGUUAUAAUUUCUAGAUCGAUGUAAAAUAAUAUCACAUCAUUUGCAUAGUAAAGCUUAUCACUGGCUCAU